UGGUUUAGGCUGCGAUGGCCACUGUCAUUCCUGGUGAUUUGUCAGAAGUAAGAGAUACCCAGAAAGUCCCUUCAGGGAAACGUAAGCGUGGUGAAACCAAACCAAGAAAAAACUUUCCUUGCCAACUGUGUGACAAGGCCUUUAACAGUGUUGAGAAAUUAAAGGUUCACUCAUACUCUCACACAGGAGAGAGGCCCUACAAGUGCACACAACAAGACUGCACCAAGGCCUUUGUUUCUAAGUACAAAUUACUAAGGCAUAUGGCUACUCAUUCUCCUGAGAAAACCCACAAGUGUAAUUAUUGUGAGAAAAUGUUUCACCGAAAAGAUCACCUAAAGAAUCACCUACAUACACACAAUCCCAACAAAGAGGCCUUUAAGUGUGAAGAAUGUGGAAAGAACUACAAUACCAAGCUUGGGUUCAAACGUCACCUGGCUUUGCAUGCUGCAACAAGUGGUGACCUCACCUGUAAGGUAUGUUUGCAGACUUUUGAAAGCACAGGAGUGCUGCUGGAGCACCUAAAAACUCAUGCAGGCAAGUCAUCGGGUGGAGUGAAGGAGAAAAAACACCAGUGUGAACACUGUGAUCGUCGGUUCUACACCCGAAAGGAUGUCCGUAGACACAUGGUAGUGCACACUGGAAGAAAGGACUUCCUCUGUCAGUACUGUGCACAGAGAUUUGGGCGGAAGGAUCACCUCACACGCCACAUGAAGAAAAGUCACAACCAAGAACUUUUGAAGGUCAAAACAGAGCCAAUGGACCUUCUAGAUCCCUUUACCUGCAAUGUUUCUGUGCCUAUUAAGGAUGAGCUGCUUCCAGUGAUGUCUUUACCUUCCAGUGAACUGACAUCAAAGCCAUUUACAAACACUUUGCAAUUAAAUCUCUACAACACUCAGAUUCAGUCCAUGCAGAGUUCUGCAUCUGCACACCAAAUGAUUGCCACAUCGUUACCAUUGGGAAUGCCUUGUCCAAUAGAUAUGGAGUCUGUCCACCCUUCUCACCAGCUAUCGUUGAAAUAUCCGCUCGGUACUACCUCAUACGCAAUUUCUAUGCCUGAAAAAGAACAGCCAUUGAAAGGGGAAAUCGAAAGUUACUUAAUGGAGUUGCAAAGCGGUAUGCCUUCUUCAUCCCAGGAUUCUCAAGCGUCUUCAUCAAAACUAGGGCUGGAUCCACAAGUAGGGCCACUAGAUGAUGGGUCUGGGGAGGUUUCCCUUUCCAAGGGCUCCGUUCCUAUUAGCGAACCUCUAAACACCCCAUCAUUGGACUUUUCUCAGCUGUUCAACUUCAUACCUGUAAAUGGCCCUCCCUAUAAUCCUUCUGUUUCAGUGGGAAACCUCGGAAUGAGUUAUACGCAAGAGGAGGCACAUUCUUCUAUGACUCAACUUCCACCACAAACCCAGGAUCCACAAGAUCCUAGCAAUAGUAUAGGUCUUGGGUCUCUGCACUCGUUGUCAGCAGCUUUCACAAGCAGUCUAAGCACAACCACCACCCUACCGCGAUUUCAUCAAGCUUUCCAAUAGGAUGUACAAAGCUGGCUCGUUACUGUCUAUUUGUAGAAAUGCCUUAGGUGACCAUUUUUAACUUAGUGCCUACUAUAAGACAUUAUAAAUUCUCUGCUUUUGUACAGUACCAAUCUCAUGA